GUCACAUAGGGUAUAAAAUCCCCCCUCCCUUCUCGCUGCAAUCGCAUCUGAAUCCUAUUCGGAGAGUGUAGCUGGAAUUGUAGAGCAGAAACUUAAGUUUCAGAAAGUUGAGUCACAAUGGCACGUACCAAGCAGACUGCCCGUAAAUCCACUGGUGGAAAAGCACCAAGGAAACAGCUGGCUACCAAAGCAGCCAGGAAGAGUGCACCCUCUACUGGUGGUGUCAAGAAGCCCCACAGAUACAGGCCAGGCACAGUCGCUCUGAGAGAAAUCCGCAGAUACCAGAAGUCCACGGAGCUGCUGAUCCGCAAGCUUCCCUUCCAGCGUCUCGUGAGGGAGAUCGCGCAGGACUUCAAGACUGACCUGAGGUUCCAGAGUGCUGCCAUCGGGGCUCUUCAGGAAGCCAGUGAAGCUUAUCUGGUUGGUCUGUUUGAGGACACCAACUUGUGUGCCAUCCACGCCAAGAGAGUGACCAUCAUGCCCAAGGAUAUCCAGCUUGCCCGGAGAAUCAGAGGGGAACGUGCUUAAAUGGCCCCCCCCCCCCCCCCUUUAAUUUUUUUUUUUUCUUAUAAACUAUCUGCAAGACUGGUGGGCAAAAAAAAAAAAAACUUUUUAUUGAACUGAUAGUACAUUCAUGGGUAGGUUUUAAGUUUGUAUUGGUUUUUUUUUUUUUUAGUAUUGAUGGAAAACAAAGUGGUUUUCAGUGCAAAAAGUAGCAAGUGUUUUGUAAAACAUUCCUUCAAACUCGCUCAGGUUUUUAAACAAAUAGGUUUGUAUCUGAAAUUGUAAUACAUCUGUCUGUUUAGCUGGAAUGUGUAAUAUGCAUGCUAUAAAGGGGAUAAGUUAUUGGUAGACUUGUAAUUUUCUUUUUUGCAUUGUGGUGAAAAUUGGGUUGUAAAUAAACUUUCCACUACCUCACCCCUCACUUGUGUGUGAAUUAAACUUUUUAAAGAAAA